AUGGGCAUACUUAAUGAAGAAGAAGAAAAGCUUCUAACCCCAUGUCUCCCUUUGCUCUCUCUCAAUCACGUCUCUUUCGUAUGCAAAUCGGUGGCAGAUUCUGCUAAUUUCUACCAAGAGGUUCUGGGAUUUGUUCUCAUCAAGAGACCAACGUCGUUCGAUUUCGAAGGUUCAUGGUUGUUCAAUUAUGGGAUCGGCAUACAUUUGCUACAGUCCAAUGACAUACGUAAAAGACCACCGUUUAUCAAUCCAAAAGACAACCACAUCUCAUUCCAGUGUACGGACAUGGAGCUGGUGAAGAGAAAGCUGGCUGAAAUGGGAAUGGAGUAUGUGAGUGGAGUGGUUGAGGAGGGUGGGAUAAAGCUGGACCACCUCUUCUUUCAUGACCCAGAUGGCUACAUGAUAGAAAUCUGCAAUUGCGACAACCUGCCUGUUUUACCUUUCUCGUCACGCCCUCUCAAGCCAUCUUACAUGGCCUCCAUCAAUGGAAACUCAGGUUUGGAGAAAAGGAUGAUGGAAGCUUUGGCAACUGAUAUGAUUCAUAUCACAUUGUAA